ACUGGUAUCCAGUUCUAGUCCGGUAUCAUUGUCAAGCCAAAGUUCUCAAGGUUCAUAUCGCUGAAGGGAGUGUCCCGUUUGGUGCCGUAGUCAAAAUGAAAUCUUUCGUGUGUGCUGCCGCUUUGGCCUCCAUGCUGGCCGUGGCCAGUUGUGCCCCCUAUGUGAUCUUCCUGGAGGAAGCCCCGGUUCGAGUAGUCCGUUCGGCCAAUGUUGGCUUUGAUGCUUCGGGCAGUGCUGCUAACGCUGGAGCUCAGUCCUUCAACCAAGGUGGUGGUUUCCCAGGAUUUGGACAGUUUGGAGCAUCAGCUGCCAACGCCGGUGCCCAAUCAUUUACCCAGGGAGGUGGUUUCGGAGGAUUUGGAGGUCUGAGCGGUUCUGCUGCAAACGCCGCUACCCAAUCCUUUACCCAGGGAGGAGGACAUGGAGCUGGUCUGUCCGGAAGCGCCGCUAACGCCGGAACUCAAUCUUUCACCCAAGGAGGACUUGGUGGUCUAGCUGGUAGUGCUGCCAAUGCUGGUACUCAAUCUUUCACACAAGGUGGAGGCUUCCCAGGAUUUGGUGGAUUCAGUGGAUCUGCCGCUAACGCCGGAUCUCAGUCCUUCACCCAAGGUGGAUUAGGAGGUGGUUUGAGUGGAUCGGCUGCCAAUGCCGGAACCCAGAGCUUCACUCAAGGUGGACACGGAGGCGGACUUGCCGGAAGUGCUGCUAAUGCUGCUGCCCAGUCCUUCACCCAGGGUACUCAGUUCACUGGUCACCAAAUUGGCGUGCACUAAGCGGAUAAUCCCACAGUACAAACAGAGGAAAUGGUACUUAAUAACAGCUGUUCAAGGUCAACGAAUAUCGGAACUUGAGAUGGAUUGACGAUGCGAGAAUACUAAACAGUUCAAACAUAAUCCAAGUCUGGAUUGAACCGUUACGGGCAAACAAACAAAAUCGACCGCUGCUGGGAAUUAUGCAAAUUUAGCAAUCGAAUGAAUGAAAGAUAGCCGUUUGUUUGUUGUGGAUGACGCAGUAAUUCUCGGCAUAUUUAUGGACAUAGACAAUAAAUUAAAACGAAAAUACUCAAACCAAACAA